AUGCAUACUAAAACAUUCUGCAUUCAGCUUAAGGAGAAAUUCACCCUUCCUGGAGUAGAGCAUCUGACAAUUCAAGUGGAGAAAGAAUGCUUCCGUAAUCACCUCCAAGGUUUGGGUCUGAACGUGGAUACUUUGCUGCGCUACCAGAAGCGAGCCCCUGCGCUGUAUUGCACACUAGGAGAGGUCAAACCCGAGAAAAACAUUCACAAUUCAGGUGACAACUAUAACAUACAGGAACCGGCCCAUGGUCACCACCACUCUCAAGAGCAGGAGCACUGA